ACAACAUGAGAAAUCAAUUAAUUUGCUCUUCGAUGAACUGAAAGCAAAAAUUACACCAGAAGUUAUCAAUUUUUGUGAGAUACUAUUAAAAUUUACUAAAAUGUCCUUAAAUCAAAAUGGUGAAGUAAUAUCUUCUAUAAUGGAAAAUUCCUUAAAGACAUCUAAUAUGACGCCAUUGUUUGAAGGAUCGGAUAUCCUUAUAAAUGAAAAUAAACUGUUUUUAAUGAAGCGAUAUAGACAUAAGCCAAGGGAAUUAACUCGUCAAUUAAUGUUGGAAUUAGUAGGACCUGAAAAAUUAAAAACUAUGACAGCGCUCGGAAAAACAGGAAAUGGAAUUCCCGAAAAUAUAAGAGCUAAUGUCUAUAAAUAUGUGCACGUUAGAAACAAACAUUUUACUGAGGUGGAAUUUAGAUCUGUCUUAAAUUAUCAAUGUGGAACUUUGAGAAAUCCUAAAGGUGGAAAAAAAGAUCAUUCAGAAAUAGAAAAGGUUAAUGAUAAUGAAAAAGAUAUAAAUAAAAAAACAAAUGAAAAAGAUAGUCACCGUGAAAAAAAUAGCGAAGAUGAAGUGAAUGAAGACGACAAUAGUUUUGCAGAGAAUGGUGAACAUUCCGAGACUACUAAUGAUGAUAACGAUAGCGAAGAAGAAUCAGAAAGUGAACUUGAUAAGAAUACUGAGAAUGAAGAGGAUGACAGUGAGCAUGAAAGUGAACAUGGAAAAAAUCUUGAAGAGCCAAAGAAGAAAAAAACAAAAUUUUUUUAAAUUACAUUACAAUUUUCAUUACUUUUUUUAA